CCGUCAGAGUGGAGAUGGAGAGCUAAAAGCAAAACAAAACGUCACAAAGGGGCCAUCGCGUCCCUGCGUUUGCUGGCAUUGUUUACUGUUGCUGUGAAGGGGGGAAAUGGACCCUCUCUCCAGGCGUAUGCUUUGGUGCCAGGAGCGUCAGUAUCGAGAGAGGAGCUUGAGAUUCUUGCUACCAUCCACAUCAUUCACGUCCCUCCCUCGGGGUUGAGAUCGUUUCCUUUUUUUUUUCUCUUUGAUUCUUUUGCGUUGUCGUGAGCUCUGUCCAAUCGCAAAGUCGCUGAUGCAGUCCUUCUGUCAGCGAGUGAAUGAAAAACGGACAGCUCAGCUUUUCCAUUCCCCUCACAUCAUGACCUGGACGUGUCUCGGCCCCUUGCAACCCAUCAUGGAGAUAUUGAUCAUAUUAUCAUCACUCGCCACCAAGACACGAGACUGUUCCCGCGCGUGUGCCAACGUGUUUCUGUUGUCCCAUGCCCAUGCCACGCCUCCAAGCAAAGACGUUGGCUGCUGGCCAAUCAACGGCCCGGCCAGCUUGUGCCGCACUUCACGCUGCACCCGCUCCGCCAAAUGACGCUCUCUUCCAUCUCAGGUCCCCAACUACCCCACACCCGCCAAGCGCCUCUACCCAAGUACCUAUCCCAUGCUCAGAACCCCUCUCCGAGCCAUCGUGCUGCACCAGCAAACUCCUUUCGCUGCCGCAAAUAACAUCACACCCUGCUUUCUCGCUAGCCUCUCUUUGCGAACCAUGUCCACCAAGCCGUCUCUCGAAGCCGCCGAGGAUUUUCUAUCCUUUGUCAACGCUUCCCCAACCCCUUUUCAUGCCGUGAAAUCUUCUAGAGAGCGACUGGAGAAGGCUGGCUUCAAGCACAUCAGGGAGCGUGAUUCUUGGGCUUCUACUCUCCAGCCAGGUGGAAAAUACUACCUCACUCGGAAUGGCUCUUCCAUCGUGGCAUUUGCUAUCGGCAAGCAAUGGAAAGCUGGCAACCCCGUCGGUAUGAUCGGCGCGCACACCGACUCGCCUUGCCUCCGCAUCAAACCCGUAUCCAAGCGCCAGAGCGACGGUUUCCUACAAGUGGCUUGUGAGACGUAUGGCGGUGGUCUUUGGCAUACUUGGUUUGAUCGAGACUUGUCUAUUGCCGGGCGCGUCAUGGUCAAGGCAAAGGAUGGCAACAUGGAACAGCGUCUGGUCAAAGUGGAGCGACCCAUCUUGAGGAUACCUACGCUCGCUAUCCACCUGGAUCGUCAGGAAAACUUCCAGUUCAACAAGGAGACGCAACUGUUUCCCAUCGCCGGGUUAGUUGCUGCCGAAUUGAACAGGCAAGGCAAAACCGAGGACUCAAAGGAAGAGGAGCAGAAGGAUUCUUCUUUUGAGCCUCUUGCGAAACCUACCCAACGCCAUCACUCAUACAUUGUGGAUAUCAUUGCUGAGGAGGCUGGUGUGGAUGCGAACGAUAUUCUGGACUUUGAGAUAGUCCUCUACGAUACCCAGAAGUCAGUUGUCGGUGGACUGAACAACGAACUCAUCUUCUCUCCCAGACUCGAUAAUCUGAUGAUGUCGUAUUGCAGUGUUGAGGGACUGAUCAAGAGCUUGUCAUCCUCUUCGGCUCUGGAUACGGAUUCUACGAUCCGCCUCAUUGCCCUAUUCGACCAUGAGGAGAUCGGAAGUCAGACUGCGCAAGGUGCCGAUUCAAACCUUCUUCCAGCAGUCAUCCGCCGUUUAUCUGUUCUGCCUCCAUCCGAAUCGGACAACUCGGACAAAUCAUACGAUACGUUGGAUAUCGAUACCACGACAGCAUACGAACAAACCCUCUCCACUUCAUUCUUGAUCUCCGCAGAUAUGGCCCACUCGGUACAUCCCAACUAUCCUGGCAAGUACGAGUCUCAGCACCGACCUGAGAUGAACAAGGGCACGGUCAUCAAAGUCAACGCAAACGCUAGGUAUGCCACGAAUACACCUGGGAUAGUCAUGUUGCAGGAAGCUGCUAGACGAGCCAAGGUCGCAUCCUCCAGCCCAUCGUCAUUGAAGCAAGGCGUGCCGCUUCAGCUGUUCGUGGUUCGAAAUGAUUCGUCCUGUGGUAGCACCAUUGGACCUAUGCUUUCAGCCGCCAUGGGUACUCGUACUCUGGACUUGGGCAAUCCGCAACUCAGCAUGCACAGUAUCCGUGAAACAGGUGGUGCCCACGAUGUGGAACACGCUGUCAACCUCUUCGAAAGUUUCUUCGAGAACUUCGCGGAACUUGAGAAGAAGAUCAUUGUAGAUUGA